UCGCUGGACCAAGCCAUUAGUCGAAGCCUAAGCUCUAGAGCGAGAGAGACCCAACUCACUCUGCUCAUCCAAGAUGGAACUUGCACCGCACGACCCGGGUUCAAAGCAGCUCCGACCCGACGAACCAGAGCUCGACCUCUACACCAUCCCAAGCCACUCUAGCUGGUUUUUGUGGGAUGAGAUUCAUGAAACUGAGAGAAUUGCUUUGAAGGAGUUCUUUGAUGGGAGGUCGAUAUCAAGAACACCAAAGGUGUACAAAGAAUAUAGGGACUUUAUUAUUAACAAGUAUAGAGAAGACCCAGCUAGAAAACUCACAUUCACCGAGAUUCGAAAGUCACUUGUGGGUGAUGUUACUUUGCUGCACAAGGUCUUUAGUUUCUUGGAAAAAUGGGGGUUGAUUAAUUUUGGGGCAAGUUCGGGUGACAAUGACGGUUUUGGUACCUCGGGUGAGGCCGGGACUACGGUUAAGGUUGAGGAAGGAGUCCCAAAUGCGGUCCGAGUGGGUGCAAAUCCAAGUGAUUCUAAGCCCCUUUCGGCCACACCUACGGUAGUGGACAGUGGGGGUGGAAGUGCGAGUAGAAUUACAUUGCCUCCAUUGGCAUCAUACUCGAAUGUUUUUGGUGAUUUGAAGAAAGAGAGCUUGGUUUGUGGCAAUUGUGGCGGACAUUGUGAUUCUGGACACUACAAGUAUAACAAGGGUGAUUUUCUACUUUGCACAAAGUGUUUUGAAAAUGGAAACUACGGGGAGAACAAAUUGAAGGAAAAUUUCAAGUACAACGAGCCAGUUGAAAAGAGUAGUAAUAUGGGAGUUGAGUGGACUGAAUCAGAAACUUUACUUCUUUUAGAUUCAGUUGCAAAGCAUGGAGAUGAUUGGGAUCGUGUUGCUCAAAAUGUUAAGACCAAGACCAAAGUUGAUUGUAUUGCUAAGCUUAUUGAUUUGCCUUUUGGGGAGGUUGUGUUGGGUUCUGGUCACAGAAAAGGUAACCAUAGUGGCUUUAGUGGCAACUUGAGCGGUUCAAAACAAGGUCAGUUAUCUUCAUCUGAGUGUCAAGAGACUAUCAAAACCAAGAGUCAGAGCCAUGAGCAGACAAAUGACAGUGAGCAGAAUGGAGAUACUGCAAACCAAGGUCCCCCUUUGAAAAAACAACGCGUCGCUUCCCUUUCGGAUGCUAGUAGUUCACUUAUUACACAGGUAUCUGCCUUGUCAACCUUGGUUGGUCCGCAUAUUACAGCUUCUGCAGCUGAGGCUGCUGUUAAUGCACUUUGUGAGGAAACCUCAUGUUCAAAGGAGAUAUUUAAUGCUGAAGACGAUUGUGUUACUAAUGGCUUGCAGUCUCCCGCUAUAAAUUGUGAGACAGAGAGAGUCCUUCAACUUGAAGAUUCAGAGAUGAAGGAAAGGCCAACUGAAUCAGCGGGUCAGGAUGUGUUUAUAAAAAAAGAUGACAUACCUCCAACUUUGCAAAUUAGAGCUGCCAUCGCAACAGGUCUUGGAGCAGCUGCUGCUCGUGCCAAAUUACUGGCUGAUCAGGAGGAUAGAGAGAUUGAACAUCUUUUGGCAACCAUAAUAGGGACACAGAUGAAGAAGUUGCACUGCAAAAUCAAGACCGUCGAAGAACUGGAUCUGCUUAUGGAGAAGGAAUACGCAGAAAUGGAAGAAGAAGAAGAUUCUCUGCUAGAAGAGCGAAUUGACAUCAUACAACAGACACUCGACUCUGGCGUACCUAGAUGGAGGGAUCAUCCUCCUGUAAAAUCUUGAACUUCUUCUACAUGUAAAGUAGAGGAGAAGAAAUAUAGACUAGAGUAGAUCAGCAAUGCGUUUUGUAGGCAUUUUACUGAAAAGCUUUUGUACACUUCCUGGAUUUCUAAUUCACGUCCAUGGAUUAGACUGGAGAGCAGAAAUUGUUGUACAAUUAGGUUCUGUAUUAUUCAAAUGUUCAAGGAUUUGCAUCU